UGUGCAUACCUGGCUGUUAGAUGCAACUUGGUACUUCCUGAUAGAUCUGACGAGUUUCUCCUUUCAACAGAAUUUGGACUUUAUUGUUUGUCCUUUUUUAUUUUUGACAAACACUGGCACUAUGAAUAACGUAGGAGCACAUUUACUUGUUUGUUUAGCUUUAAUUUUCAAAACAGAGGCACACUAUGCAAUGGGUUUAUGGAGGCUUCAGUUCAGUGCGGACGAUGGCCAUGAUGUCCUGUACACUAACCUAAUAUAUUACAAUAAGAAGCUCCUAAUUUCAUACAACAGCACAGAGGAGAAAUUCAUCGGCUACACAGAGGAGGCAAUGAAAAUUGCAGAUGUCUUCAACAAAAACACAUAUUAUCUAGAAGAGCAGAAAAGAACCCUUGAAAACUCUUUGCAGUAUAUCUCAGAAACAAUGAAGAUUGUUGAUGCAGCAGCACCACAAGAGCCUCAAGUCCGAGUGUUCUCCACUAAAACAGGAAGCAGUGACCACCCUGGCAUCCUGGUGUGCAGCGCCUACAGUUUUUAUCCCAAACCCCUCACUCUGACAUGGUUCAGGAACGAGGAGGAGGUGACAUCCGGUGUGACAUUCACUGAUGAGAUGUCCAAUGGAAACUGGCUAUACCAGAAGCACUCCUACCUGGAGUACACACCUACAGCAGCAGACCACAUCUCCUGCAUGGUGGAGCACGCCAGCCUCCGCACUCCUAAACUCUACCCAUGGGAGAACUUUCCAGAGUCGAGAAGAAACAAGCUGAUAGUUGGGACUGGAGGGCUGCUGCUGGGACUAGCCUUUAUUAUAGUCGGUGUUGUUUACUAUAUAAAACAUAUGAGAGGUCAUGUGUUGGUGCCAAAUUAA